ACAGAUCCCGGAAAUGGCCACGGCGCCUGCGCGGCGCGUCCGCCAGGCAGUCUGCGCACGCGCGCAGCUUGGGCGCGCGCGGCCCGAGUCCAGAGCUCGUGAGACGGGGGAGGGUCUGGCGAUGAGCGGGGCUCCUGCGGCCCUUUGCCAGUGGCGUCACACAGAGGCUCCAAGGUGGUGGCGAAGCAGCAUGGCUGUCUUAUUUCUUUUUUCAGAAAGUUUCCUCGGACUCGCGGACCGAACCGUGGAGCGUUGGCGCUUUCACAAGUGGUUUUGUCAGGAGAUGAAUUAGUGAGAACUGAGGCCUUUUCGAGCCACAUGGACCCGACGAACGACUAGUCUUUUCCCUUCAGAGGGAAGUUUCCCUCUUCAGAUCCAGUUUCGUACUGUGGAAACCUCUGAGGCCCUCCCUGAGGAAACUUCUCGACCUUUCCUCGGUCGGAAUCACGUAUUCCCUGCUCCCAAAGUGGCGCCACGACACAGAGGAGUUGGGAUUCGUCAACUCCAAGCCCCCAACACGUGGAAAAAGUGUUAAAAGCAAAAUAUGUAAGAAGUGGCCUUGGCCUCCAGAUUUACAGGCUAGUGAACUACAGACUUAUCAAAUUAAGAAAACGUGGAGGCAGCGCUUGCUGUACAGAUUUGGCUUCUACAAAAUGCCCUGAACCCUGCUUCCAGCUAGACUUGGCGCCCUUGAACCGGUAGAAAUUCUGGAGCAGCACUCCUGGCUUCGCAGCCACUGCUAGUCACCAGCAGAGUGCCUCUGGUGGUUUACGAGUUUGACCCCAGUGUUUGCCUAGAAGGUGAUGUUCACACAAGUGAGCUCGUCCCGUUCCUGAUGUCAGAACCACACUCUGUUUUCUAGGAUUAGUUAUUCCAGUUGUUCAAGGAGCAUUGCAUUGGGAGCAAUUGGUUUCAUUUUGCCCCAAGGCUACAAAGUGGGUUCUGGGGAGAUGAAGGACAGAUUGAGAGAACAGAAGGGUCAUUUUAAAUUAAUUACUUCCCUCUCAGUGACACUAUCUUGGCAUAGGAAGGAAGGCAUACGUAGAAGCAAGGGUUCCUCGUGCAUCUGCAAGUUGACGUGAGCCAAUCCAGAAGUAUGUAGAAUUGGUAUCCGGAGUCAAAAUAUUAACUGUUUUAUUUAGAUCUUUACAAAGAACCGUUCCUUCUUCGAAGGAGUUUAUAAUCUGGAUAGAUGAGAAUAAUGCAAAUCAGUAAACCUCGAUGAAGGUGUUGAUACAAGUCGAUGCCAGGGAUGGCCUCCUGAUGCCAGGUCCAGAGCAUUUCCCAUUAUCCCGUCAUGCCCUGGUUAUAAGAGCAAUUGGAGUUCCAAGGAGGUGCUCAUUAGCGGGAGAGUUGUCUGUCACCCUAGUCCUCCAUUACCAGAAUCAUUUGAAAGGCCUCCAGACUCCUUAGGACAAGGACCACAGCCCUACUGGCAGGGUGCUGGCGCUGCACAGUGACCUUUGAGGGGAGGAAGUGGCCUUCCCUGCUGAGGGUGGCCUGGUCCUCCACAGGCGGCCCAGGCCGGGCCCCCCUCCCACCAGCACCAGGCAGCGUGCACACUUACAUCAGUCAUGGCUUUCUUGGCCCUCUCGUCGGCAGAGCGGAACUCACUGAUGAGCUCCUCGUGCUCGUUGGAGAUGCGCUGGACAUCCGACUCCAGCUUGCGCUUGACCACGAGGAGGCUUUGGUUCUGGAAGAGAAAAUAAAGACAUUGCCAUGAGGCAGAAGUCUGCACAGCCCUUCCUGUGUCCAGGAAAGAGAAACAACUCUCUCACAGACAUACUUGCCAAACCCCCCAAUAGGAAAUGGCCCUGGACCCCCUGCUUGAGAUGAGGCGGCAACAGCGGAUGGCAGUCAGCCUGGAGCUCCGGAAGGCCAAGAAAGAUGAGCAGGCCUUAAAGAGGAGAAAUAUCACUAAUGUCUCCUCUGACCCAGCUUCUGAACAACUAACCAAAGGGGUCAGCCUCAACCUGCAAGAAAUAAUCAAUGGUGUGAAUGCCUCAGAUCCAGACCUAUGUUUCCAGGCCACCCAGGCAGCCAGGAAAAUGCUGUCCCGUGAAAGGAACCCUCCUCUAAAACUGAUUGUUGAAGCCGGGCUCAUUCCCAGGCUGGUGGAGUUCCUGAAGUCCUCACUUCACCCCUGCUUGCAGUUCGAGGCAGCCUGGGCUCUGACCAACAUUGCUUCUGGGACUUCAGAGCAGACUCAGGCAGUUGUGGAAAGUGGGGCCAUCCAACCUUUGGUUGAGCUCCUGUCUUCCCCCCACAUGACUGUGUGUGAACAGGCAGUAUGGGCCCUUGGUAAUAUAGCAGGUGAUGGCCCAGAAUUCAGAGACCUGGUUAUCUCGAGCAAUGCCAUUCCACAUCUGCUGGCCCUGGUUUCAUCAACCAUACCUAUCACAUUUCUGCGGAACAUCACAUGGACUUUGUCCAACCUUUGCCGAAACAAGAGCCCUUACCCCUGCAAGAAAGCAGUGAAGCAAAUGUUGCCCGUGCUCUUCCACCUCCUGCAGCAUGAAGAUGGCGAGGUUCUCUCGGACACCUGUUGGGCCCUGUCCUACCUCAGUGAUGGCUGUAAUGAGCGCAUCGGCCAAGUGGUAGACACGGGCGUCCUACCCAGGCUGGUCCAGCUCAUGACCAGCUCGGAGCUCAAUAUCUUGACCCCCUCUCUCCGCACCGUGGGGAACAUCGUCACAGGAACGGAUCACCAGACCCAGGUGGCCAUUGACGCGGGCAUCCUGAACGUGCUGCCCCAGCUCCUGAUGCAUCCCAGGUCCUCCAUCCAGAAGGAGGCGGCUUGGGCCUUGAGCAACGUGGCUGCAGGGCCCUGCCAGCACAUCCAGCAGCUGAUUGCUUGUGGCACGCUGCCUCCCUUGGUGGCUCUGCUAAAAAACGGAGAAUUUAAAGUCCAGAAAGAGGCUGUUUGGACCGUGGCAAACUUCACAACUGGAGGCACCAUAGACCAGUUGAUCCAGCUUGUCCACUCUGGAGUCUUAGAGCCACUGGUGAAUCUGCUUACCAUCCAAGACCCCAAAAUUGUUACCAUCAUCCUUGAUGUUAUCUCUCUUAUCCUCAAGGCAGCAGAGAAGCUUUCAGAGAAGGAAAACAUGUGUCUCCUGAUAGAAGAAAUCGGUGGUGUUGAUAAAAUUGAGGCCUUGCAACUUCAUGAGAACCCUCAGGUUGCCCUGACUGCUUUGAACAUUAUCGAGAACCAUUUUUGUGAGGGAGAAAAAAAUGGCACAAUAUUACCAGCCCUGGACCAAGACUGUGAAUUCUUAAACCACUUAACAAAAAAUUACCAAGGCCCCACGACUUCUAAACCAAGGACCACACCCUAAUGGGUAACUUCUUUAAGAAUCUUCUAGAUCUUGGCAUGCCGCAGGUGUAAAGCUUUUUAAACUGAAUGUUAAUAAAAGUUUCAACACAUUCA